AUGUUUCUCCACUCAGUCAGUCUUUGGAACUUGGCGUUUUAUGUCUCCAUGGUCUUUAUGGCGACCCUCGGACUGUGGGAUGUCUUUUUCGGCUUUGAAGAGAACAAGUGCAGUAUGAGCUACAUGUUUGAGUACCCGGAGUAUCAGAAAAUACAACUUCCAAAGAAACUUGCAAAACGCUAUCCAACAUAUGAGUUAUAUCUUUAUGGAGAAGGAUCAUAUGCUGAAGAACACAAAAUUCUCCCUUUGACGGGUAUUCCAGUUCUCUUUCUUCCUGGUAAUGCUGGAAGUUAUAAGCAAGUUCGUUCUGUUGGCUCUAUUGCCCUUAGAAAAGCAGAAGACAUUGACUUCAAGUACCACUUUGACUUCUUUAGUGUGAACUUCAAUGAAGAAUUGGUGGCACUGUAUGGUGGAAGUCUUCAGAAGCAGACCAAGUUUGUACAUGAAUGCAUUAAGACAAUUCUUAAACUCUAUAAGGGUCAAGAAUUUGCUCCAAAAAGUGUGGCAAUAAUUGGUCAUUCUAUGGGUGGCCUUGUUGCAAGAGCAUUGCUUACACUUAAAAAUUUUAAACAAGAUUUGAUAAAUCUUCUCAUUACACAAGCCACGCCUCAUGUUGCUCCUGUGAUGCCAUUAGACCGUUUCAUUACAGAUUUUUAUAUGACUAUAAACAACUAUUGGAUUCUAAAUGCUCAACACAUAAAUUUAACCACACUUUCUGUGGCUGGAGGAUUCCGGGAUUACCAAGUUCGUUCAGGACUGACUUUUCUACCAAAAUUAAGCCAUCAUACCAGUGCCUUAUCUGUUGUGAGUUCAGCAGUGCCCAAGACCUGGGUUUCAACAGAUCACCUCUCCAUUGUGUGGUGUAAACAGUUGCAAUUGACUACAGUUCGAGCAUUCUUUGAUCUUAUUGAUGCUGAUACUAAACAAAUAACUCAAAAUUCCAAGAAGAAAUUGUCGGUUUUGAAUCACCACUUUAUAAGACAUCCUUCAAAACAGUUUGAGGAAAAUCCAGCUAUAAUUUCUGACUUAACAGGAACAUCUAUGUGGGUUCCAGUAAAAGUGUCCAAAUGGUCUUAUGUGGCUUAUAAUGAAUCUGAUAAAAUAUAUUUUACAUUUCCUCUUGAAAAUCAUAGAAAAAUCUACACUCAUGCCUAUUGUCAGAGCACUAUGCUGGAUACAAAUAGUUGGAUUUUUGGCUGUAUAAAUAGCACUUCUAUGUGCCGGCAAGGGGUUGAUUUAUCAUGGAAAGCUGAACUGCUGCCAACAAUUAAGUCUCUGAUGUUAAGACUUCAAGACUAUCCCUCUUUGUCUCAUCUUGUUGUUUAUGUACCAUCUAUUCAUGGAAGUAAGUUUGUUGUAGAUUGUGAAUUCUUUAAAGAAGAGACAAGAUCCAUACAGCUUCCCGUAACUCAUCUUUUUUCCUUUGGAUUGUCUUCAAGGAAAGUGGUAUUAAAUACAAGCGGCCUGUACUACAAUAUAGAGCUUCUGAACUUUGGACAGAUAUAUCAAGCUUUUAAAAUCAACGUGGUAAGCAAGUGCUCAGGAGCCAAAGAAGAAAUAACUAGUAUCUAUAAAUUUCAUAUUCCCUGGUCUUAUGAAGAUUCACUAACUAUUGCGCAGGUUCCAUCUUCUACCGAAAUUUCUCUGAAACUCCAUAUUGCUCAACCAGAAAAUGAUAGCCAUGUGGCAUUAUUAAAAAUGUACACAUCACCAGACUGUCAGUAUGAGGUCACAGUUAAGACUUCUUUUUCACAAAUACUUGGACAGGUAGUUAGAUUUCAUGGUGGAGCUCUUCCUGCUUAUGUUAUGUCUAGUAACCUUCUUGCUUAUGGAGGACAGUUAUAUUCUCUUUUCUCAACAGGUUAUUGCUUGGAAUAUGCUACCAUAUUGGAUAAAGAAGCCAAACCAUACAAAGUUGAUCCUUUUGUAAUUAUGACUAAGUUUCUAUUGGGGUAUAAAUGGUUUAAAGAAUUGUGGGACACAUUACUACUGCCAGAGUUAGAUGCCAUGGUGCUAACUAGUCAGAGCAUGUGUUUCCCCCUUGUGUCCUUGAUUCUCUUUCUCUUUGGAACUUGUACUGCCUACUGGAGUGCCCUGUUAUCCUCUGCAUCUGUGCGACUCCUUUCUUCAUUGUGGUUAGCUUUAAAAAGACCCUCUGAACUUCCUAAAGAUAUCAAGAUGCUAUCACCAGACUUGCCCUUUUUGACAGUUGUUUUGAUCAUAGUCGGUUGGACAACUUGCGGAGCACUUGCCAUACUUCUUUCUUACCUUCACUAUGUGUUUAAGAUUAUUCAUCUGCAAGCCAGCCUCACAACUUUUAAAAAUAAGCAGUCUGUGAAUCCUAAACACUCUAGAAGAAGUGAAAAAAAGUUCAAUCACCGUAAAGACGUGACAGCACACCAUCUUCAUUUAUCUGCUAAUGAUGCUGAAGACAGUCUUCGAAUGCACAGUACUGUCGUUAACUUAUUAACAUGGAUUGUAUUACUCAGCAUGCCAUCUCUAAUUUAUUGGUUAAAGAAUCUUAGAUAUUGUUUUAAACUUACUCCUGAUCCAUGUAAACCUUUGGCCUUUAUCCUUAUUCCAACUGUGGCAGUUCUUGGAAAUACUUACACUGUUUCAAUAAAAUCAAGUAAAUUGUUGAAGACUGCUUCACAGUUUCCACUUCCUCUGGCUGUUGGUGUGAUUGCUUUUGGGUCAGCACACUUAUAUAGGGUUCCAUGCUUUGUCUUGGUUCCUCUUUUACUCCACGCAUUAUGCAACUUUAUGUAAGAUUGAACUUAAAAGAACGAUAAAGGUGAUUUAUGCCUUUAGGGCUAGUAAGAAGAAGAAACACAAAAAUUCAUCAAUGUGGACAGCAAGAUCCUUUGGAGAAGACAAGUCUAUUUUUACAGUAUUGAAAAUAGGAAAUUAGUUUUGUAAUGCUCAAGGAAAGUAGUGGAAGCAUGGUUUUGUUUUGUGGUGUGGAAUCAGUACACUAAUCAUUUUCAAAAAAUUGGUGAAGGGACUUACGGGGGCCACUGUGUUUGAGGACUCCUGUGCAUAUCAGCUAUUCUACUUCAUCAGCCAAACCAGAGAUCUUCUCUCAGAGACAUAGUAGAUGCAGCAUUGUCAUUUUACCUCAAGCAUCCUGCUUGUUUCAUCAAACUUUUUUCUG